AUGAGCAACCUCUCUGCCCGCGCCGCCGCAGAGGACUUCCACUUCCCAAAGACAAAGUUCUACAUCAUUGUGUUCAGAUCCCAGAUUGAGCCCGGCACGAACAGACACGAGCUGGGCGCAAUGGAUAUGGUGGCGCAUCGGGAGGCGGUGGAGAGCGGGUGGUUGCUCAAGUACUGGUUUGGCGUGCCGGAUGAGUUGGGGUAUAAUUUGGCGACGUGUGUGUGGAGAGAUAUCAAAGACGCAAGGCGGGGCGGUAGGGGAAAGGGACAUCAAGCUGCAAUGAAGGCCGUGAGGGGCCUGUACAAAAAAUGGGAGGUGGAGAGGUUGGCGCUGGUUGUGGGCGAGGGUGUCAAGGAGUGGGACAUCGUGAAGUGGGAGGAGGCAGCGAAGGAGGAGGAGGUGAAUGGGGGCGGCGAGCUCUGA